GGCCUCCGUCGCCGACUGCUCGAGGAGGACAGGGGUUGUGCUUACCGCGUUCUUCCGCGCUCUCUCGUUCGUCAUGGUGCGAGCACACACUUGGCUGGCGCUUCUGGCGGCGCUGGCGGGGCUGGUAGCGCCGGCGCGCGGCUACCACGACUUCAGCGACCUGCUGCCCGGCGACUACUGCUCGCAGCGCGGCUGCUGCGACAACCGCCUGGACUCGUGCUCCGUGCCCAUCGUGGGCACGCUGUGCUACUGCGACGACUUCUGCAACGCCACCAGCGACGACUGCUGCCCCGACUACCUCAGCCACUGCAGGGGCAUCUCCGUGUCGCAGCCGCUGCAGCGAGGUUGUUACCUCAACAACCAGUACUACCCACACGGGUCACUUAUCAAGAUAAAUUGCAAUGAGUGCAAGUGCCAGGCGAGCGGCGCGCUGCCGGAGUUCCUGUGCGAGAGACACGCCUGCCUCGUGGAGCCAGACACCCUGGUGUCAGUCAACAGCCAGCAGCGCCGCCUGGGCUGGAGCGCCGCCAACCACACCGCCUUCUGGGGCCGCCGGCUCGACGAGGGCAUCUCGCUGCGCCUGGGCACGCUCUUCCCGCACAACUCGGUGCGGAUGAUGAACCCGGUGAGGCGGAUGUUCGACGCGUCGCGACUGCCGCGCUCGUUCGACGCGCGCAGCCAGUGGCGCGGCCAGCUGCAGGGAGUGUCCGACCAGGGCUGGUGCGGCGCCUCGUGGGCGCUGUCCAUGGCGGAUGUGGUGUCGGACCGCUUCGCCAUCAUGUCAGAGGGCAAGGAGUUGGUGCGGCUGUCGGCGCAGCAGCUACUGAGCUGCAGUCGCGGCCAGCGCGGCUGCGAGGGUGGUUAUCUGGACCGAGCCUGGAUGUUCCUCUGGAAGUACGGGCUGGUGAACGAGGAGUGCUACCCGUACGGCGCGCGGGGCAGCAACCUGGGCAACUGCCGCCUGCCCAAGAAGGUGGACCUGCACAGCUCGUGCCGGCACGCCGGCCCGCGUGGGCCGCACGUGCCCGAGCGCCGCACGCCCUACCACACGGGGCCCGCCUACCGCAUCAGCGGCGAGAAGGACAUCAUGCACGAGAUCAUGGUGUCGGGACCCGUGCAAGCGACCAUGAAGGUGUACCAGGACUUCUUCUCGUACCGCGCCGGUGUCUACCAGAACUCGCACGUGGACGACGGCCAGCGCACGGGCUACCACUCCGUCAGGAUCCUGGGCUGGGGCGAGGAGACCCUGGACAGCGGCGAGCUGGUCAAGUACUGGCUGGCGGCCAACUCGUGGGGUCCGCUGUGGGGCGAAGGCGGCUACUUCCGCAUCCGGCGAGGCAACAACGAGUGCGAAGUAGAGGACUUCGUGCUGGCGGCGUGGGCGCACACCUAUGACUCUCUGCAGGGGCUCUACCACCCCAGGCAGGGCAACCGGCUCUACUAGAGGCUGGCAACCGGCUCUACUAGAGGCUGUUUCGCCCCGGCCAGGGCAACCGGCUUUACCAGAGGCUGUACCGCCCGGGCCAGGGCAACCGGCUCUACCAGAGGCUGUCCCGCCCCGGCCAGGGCAACCGGCUCUACCAGAGGCUGUCCCGCCCCGACCAGGGCAACCGGCUCUACUGGAGGCUGUCCCGCCCCGGCCAGGGCAACCGGCUUUACCAGAGGCUGUCCCGCCCCGGCCAGGGCAACCGGCUCUACCAGAGGCUGUACCGCCCCGGCCAGGGCAACCGGCUCUACCAGAGGCUGUCCCGCCCCGACCAGGGCAACCGGCUCUACUGGAGGCUGUCCCGCCCCGGCCAGGGCAACCGGCUUUACCAGAGGCUGUCCCGCCCCGGCCAGGGCAACCGGCUCUACCAGAGGCUGUACCGCCCCGGCCAGGGCAACCGGCUCUACCAGAGGCUGUCCCGCCCCGGCCAGGGCAACCGGCUCUACCAGAGGCUGUCCCGCCCCGACCAGGGCAACCGGCUCUACCAGAGGCUGUCCCGCCCCGACCAGGGCAACCGGCUCUACUGGAGGCUGUCCCGCCCCGGCCAGGGCAACCGGCUCUACCAGAGGCUGUCCCACCCCGGCCAGGGCAACCGGCACUACUGGAGUCUGUCCCACCCCGGCCAGGGCAACCGGCUCUACCAGAGGCUGUCCCACCCCGGCCAGGGCAACCGGCUCUACCAGAGGCUGUCCCGCCCCGACCAGGGCAACCGGCUCUACUGGAGGCUGUCCCGCCCCGGCCAGGGCAACCGGCUCUACCAGAGGCUGUCCCACCCCGGCCAGGGCAACCGGCUCUACUGGAGGCUGUACCGCCCCGGCCAGGGCAACCGGCUCUACCAGAGGCUGUCCCGCCCCGGCCAGGGCAACCGGCUCUACCAGAGGCUGUCCCACCCCAGCCAGGGCAACCGGCUCUACCAGAGGCUGUACCGCCCCGGCCAGGGCAACCGGCUCUACCAGAGGCUGUCCCGCCCCGGCCAGGGCAACCGGCUCUACCAGAGGCUGUCCCGCCCCGGCCAGGGCAACCGGCUCUACCAGAGGCUGUCCCGCCCCGGCCAGGGCAACCGGCACUACUGGAGGCUGUCCCGCCCCGGCCAGGGCAACCGGCUCUACUGGAGGCUGUCCCGCCCCGACCAGGGCAACCGGCUCUACCAGAGGCUGUCCCGCCCCGACCAGGGCAACCGGCUCUACUGGAGGCUGUCCCGCCCCGGCCAGGGCAACCGGCUCUACCAGAGGCUGUCCCACCCCGGCCAGGGCAACCGGCACUACUGGAGGCUGUCCCGCCCCGACCAGGGCAACCGGCUCUACUGGAGGCUGUCCCGCCCCGACCAGGGCAACCGGCUCUACCAGAGGCUGUCCCGCCCCGACCAGGGCAACCGGCUCUACUGGAGGCUGUCCCGCCCCGGCCAGGGCAACCGGCUCUACCAGAGGCUGUCCCGCCCCGACCAGGGCAACCGGCUCUACCAGAGGCUGUCCCGCCCCGACCAGGGCAACCGGCUCUACUGGAGGCUGUCUCGCUACAGCGCUGGGACACCCACGCCAUCGCCCUGGGCUCGCACCAGAGGCCCCGAGCGGCGAUGCCUGCUGCGAUCGCGCCUCACGCCCGUGAAGUUUCUAUAACAUAUUAGCAGCAGAGGCUUGGACUCGAAUACAGCUUCCUGCUCAGUAAAAUAUCAAAGCAGGUUGCUUGUAAUAUAAAAUGAACUUAAAAUUCCAUUACCGCUCGAUUCAUUUUUAUUAUCACUGUAAUAAGCCAUCAGUCCCCUGCGCACUUGCUGGUUUGUCAAGCGAUUUCACUAUUGGAGCCACAUGGGGAUGCGUUCAGUUCUUGGGUCCAAGAUUGAAGAAAGACUUUACUGUUGGCUGAAAAUUUUAGCCAAAUAUAUACAAUCACAACUAUUUAUAUUAAGUUCGCAAUCUUAACUUUUGUUUUGGAAAUGGUGCACAUUGAAUAUGCAAACCAUAUAGGUAGUUCAUUGAUUGCCACAUAUGGUUCUUUGAAUUUUUCUCGAAAGAAAAAUAUAUUAAAAACUACAGAUUGAAAUAGUUUUAGGGCUUCCUUAGAAAACAAUUAAGGUGUCUAAAAAAAUCAUAAAUUGUGACAAGAUAAACCCAUUUGAGGGUGACUUCAAUUUUUUCUGUAAAUUUUGGUCAUAAACCAACAAUGCAUUUAGCAGAUUAGUUUUAACAUAUUUGUUGUUGAUAAGGUAGCGUAACGAGUUCAGACAAAAAAAACGUACAUUAGAAAAUUUCUUAGAUUUUUAUACAUACAAAUUAUAGGGUGUUCAGCUAAUGGCCUUAUAUCGUCUGUAAUAAAAAAAACGUUAUGUUUGUAAAUUAAAAACUGAAGUAUAUCUUCAAAUAAAUUAUUAUAAAACUGUAAAUUAUCUGUCAAUAGUAACACAAAAUCAAUACUUCAAUGUGGGGAAGUGAAUUUUUUUUUUUACAUGUGAAUUUUACAAAGUGUAUUUUAUAUCGGAAACAAAUUUUAAUGAUCGAGCUUAACAUUUAGACUCAACACUGAAAACAAAUUACUUUUCAAUACAGUGCCUCAUCUGUGUUCUUAUCAAUAAUAAAUGUUGUGAUAACUAUUAUUGUGUUCAUUUGUAUAUAAUUAUGAUAAUGAAUAUUAGUAGAAGGAUUUGUUUUAAAUACUUAAUUCAUUACUGGUAUAACAGAUAUUCUUUUUCAAUAAUGUUGCCAAUUUUAAAAACCAUUUAAUCCCAAACAGUCGAUUGCAAAGAAAAUAUGUCUUUCUGUGGUGAGGCAUAUUAAAGACUAACGCAGUUAAGCGCUUAAAUGUAUAAUUACACGCUUGUAUCAAUUACAUUUAUGUGAACAGUUGUUUCUGAUUACAACAGUUAUAUAUAUUUAAGACUUUUUUGUCAUCUGAUACAAUUUUUGGACAUUGUACCUAUAUAUAUUUAAGACUUUUUUGUCAUCUGAUACAAUUUUUGGACAUUGUACCUGAUAAAAAAAUUUGUUGUUUGAUUGAUACACAAAAUAUGUUUUUUUUGUAGUUAAAGUUUUUUAACUAGAAUAUUGAUGCUGUGCUAUUAAUGUAUAGUAAUUAGUUUUAAUUUUAUUUAUAAAGAAUUUAAUUUUGUUAAAUAUUUAGCAAUUUAACUGAUAAAUGUGGCGUUUGGAAAAAAUUUGUAGCACAAACUUCCAAUAACAUUUAAUAUACAUACAUGAUAAAAAUAUGUAUUAAUAUUAUAGUAUAAAAUUAUUAGUUCUCUCUUAGGCCACGCUCUACACUGCCGUUGUACUAAUACGAGUUGUAUAUAAAUAUUUGUGUCUUUUACUUGUAAAAUAUAUAUUUAAUAAAAAUAUGUUUAAUAUAUAUGAAACUGUCUCAAAUAAAUCUUUCACUAAA